AUGGCCUCGUCUGAAACCGCCCAGCGGCCGGAUCCGUUCGAAGGAAUGGACAUUGCGGAAACCGACUUCUUAAUGGACGUUGAGGGCCGGAGCUGUUGUUCUCGAUGUGGAAAGUCACGCAAGUUUUUCUGCUACACAUGCUACGUCCCCGUCGGGGAAAUAGAAUCCCGUGUGCCUCGCCUUACGCUGCCGGUGAAAAUCGACGUCAUAAAGCAUAGGAAUGAGAUCGAUGGCAAAAGUACGGCAGUUCAUGCAGCCAUCCUUGCGCCAGAUGAUGUUAAAAUAUACACCUAUCCAAACAUCCCCGACUAUCGGAUGGAGGAGGACGUUGUGCUGAUAUUCCCCACACCGACCGCGCUGACGGUGGCCAGCUUGUUUAGCGGCGAAACGUACCAGAUGAAGGAAAACUAUGGCCUUCCCAAGGGAUAUCAUAUGGGUACGCUAUUGCGCUUUCGCUUGAACGACAUCGUGGACACGCACCAUCAACCGAAUGGGUCCAGUUCGAUCGAAUGCAACACAGGCAACUUCCCUGUGAAACGGGCCGUGUUCAUUGACAGUACCUGGAAUCAGUGCCGUGGUAUAUACAAGGACGAGCGACUGUCGUGUUUGCGUACCGUUGUGAUACAGAACAGGAUUUCCCAAUUCUGGCGCCAUCAGCGCAACAGUCCACGCUGGUUUCUUGCGACAGUCGAAGCCAUACAUCAGUUCGUGCUGGAAGUGCACAUUGCUGCCUGGGGACUGGACAGCCGGUACCGUGGACUGGAUCACAUUCAUCUGAAAAUGGAUCAAAUACCGCAGGAUCGUAUUUUUCAUCCGAGCGAAGUGAGCCCGGACGGAGUCCAGCCGUACAAUGGACAAUACGAUAACUUACUGUUCUUCUUCCGUCACAUGUACAAUCUCAUACAUAAGCAUUAUGAUCACGAGAAAUUAAAAGCGUACAAACGGCCACUGUACUAG